CCCUUGCCCUGGCACAGCAGCCAGGGUGAGUGCCCUCUCUGCUGUACCCUUAGCAGGUGUUAAUAGCACAAACAGGCACAUGUGCAAAGUUCUGCUGCUGCAAAAUGUCCUUUCCUACGUAUUCUUCAGGAAUCGUGGGUUUAACAUUUGCUUUGUGUGAGAACAUUUACCCACUGGAUCUACAGCACAGGUCAGCUCAGAGGGAAAUGUUCUCUGCUUGUUCUUGCCACACAGACACAACUGGAGAGUUAGGAAGUAAAAAAAAAGGGGUCAGAAACAAGGCAGUGACUCGUGGCAAAGUGCAAGAGCUACAGGGGGGAUCCCUCAGGGGUUUGUCUCUGUUGGGGUGGCCAAGAUGAUACUGAAUUGCUGCCUCUCCAACCUGGAAGACCCUCCCUGACACAGGGCUGUGUCUCUCUGCUCCUCCACCAGCACUAAGGAGCUCCAGCAACAUCCAUUUGCAGCUUUAGAGUAAAAGGAACCCGAAAGAGCAACAUUUGCAAAGUUGAAAUGGGGGUGGUAAAACACGAGAAGGGAACUGUGGCACUGCCCUGGUGCCCUCAUUCCUCUGGGUGCUGUGUCUCUAACUGGGUCUAACUGGGUGCUCUCCCCACAGUUUGACAUGCAGAGGAUAACGCUGGAGGAGCUGAAGCACAUCCUGUACCACGCCUUCCGCGACCACCUCACGAUGAAGGACAUCGAGAACAUCAUCAUCAACGAGGAGGAGAGUCUCAAUGAGAACUCUGGCAACUGCCAAACAGAGUUUGAAGUGCACGCCCAGAAGCAGAACAGACAGACCUGCGUGCGGAAGAGCCUUAUCUGCGCCUUCGCCAUGGCCUUCAUCAUCAGCGUCAUGCUGAUCGCGGCCAACCAGAUCCUGAGGAGCGGGAUGGAGUAGCCCCUGGCCAUGCCACUGUGACCCAAGCUGCCCAUGCAUGUGCAUGCCCACCUGGGGGACCUCCCCCUGGCCCGACUCCACACGGCAAAGAGACACAGGCAGGCAAAGCACCACUCGAGCGGGAGCCCAGGCCAGCGGCGUAAACGUGUCUUGUGAAUCAACCACAUCCUUUUUGGCAGGGACAUCAAAGGGCUGUCUUAAUGCUUUAAAGGUUUUGUUUCCUAAUGCAAUAAAAAAACACCCCCCCACCACCCCCAUGUAGAGGAGUCCCAAAUUAUUGCUUCAAAACAGCGAUGGUGACUCGGAAGGGACUUGGAUCCAGCAGCCUGUGUGGCAGUUUUGAGGAGGCACAGCCUCAGGACUUACUGCAGUGGGGCUGUCUUUGAACCAGGGGCCCACUGACUAUCCCACUGGGCCCACAUUCCCAGGAAGUUGAUCGUAGCAUUGCCACAAGCAAGUCCCAUUUGUUUGAUUUCACCUCCUCCAGCUCCACUUUCUUUUCCCUUAUGACCAUGCCAUGGAGUUCACGGCAUCAGAGGGGAGCCAGAGCAUCUUGUACAGUAUUUUCUGAGGAAAAAAAAAAAGGAGAAUUCGCCAGCAUCACACAAAAUGUCUAUUUUUUGCUUCCUAAACACAAGACUGGAGGUAGUAGGAGUCUGUUUGCCAUUUAUUCCCGACUGUGAAUCAGGGCUUGAGAAGCACCACCCGUUUUUCACACAUGGGCAUUGGUGAGACUUGUGCACAGUCUUCCAACCGACUCUGCAACCACCAGCACAGCUCCAACUCCCUCUAUCUGGUCCUGUCUGCAUAUUCAACAUUUCCUCCCCAGCAGUUCUGCCUUUCUUCGAUAUUAACCUUCAAGAACCUUAUUCAAGAUGAAAAUCCCGAGGGAAGCUCUUUCUGGGCUUUCCUUCCCUCUCCUCGCCUGGGCAACUUUUAUUUCUUUCAUUUCACACGCCCUGGUUGGAAUCUGCAGUGAAAGCUCCGUGUCAGACAUCCUGUGGGAGAGGUUCCAUUUCCCCUCACGCUGCAGAGUGUGGGUUUGACCAUCCAGCUGCUCUGGUGCCUCCCAGGAGCCGUCCCAGCACCACCACCUCCGUCCCUUGGGCAGGUUCCAAAGAGGACAAGAGGAAAAGGAGAAGAAUGAUCCAAACCAGAGCCCACCACCGUGUGUUCCGAGGUGUGUCAGACUUUCAGAUCCUGUGAGUGUUUGUCAGCUCCCCUGGAGGAGAUUUUAAGGAGCAGCAAGGAGAAGAUGGAGCGAUGCAGACUGGAGACACGAGCACUGGGCGAGCCUGGAGCCAGGAUUGCAGCAGUGAGGAUUUUUCCUUUUCAGCUCGACACAAAUCCUUGCAUUUGCCUUUGGAUGAACUGGGUGUCACACCGGGACACAUCCGAUUCCUUGCCCCGGUGGAAGAGGUUUCCCAGCUGGUGCUCAUGGAGCGCUCCCAGGGAGGUCCAUGGAGUUGGAGCUGAGUUGUUGUUCCGGCUGGGAAAGCUCCAGAGCUCCAAGGAACAGUGAGAUCUUGCUCCUGUAAAUGUAGGUGACUGUUUCCUGUGCCACAGGAGGGGCAGGAUGGCUCCCCAGGGGAUUGCAAACCACCAGCUUCCCCCAUCCUACACAGCAGCCAUUGACUUAAACCUGGAUCCAUCCCAAAGACUCAUUGCAGGUCGUUCUUUGGUGACAAGUUUGAUUGAUAACAUUUAACCUGUAUUUUCAGUAGCCUAAUUUAAAAAUCUGUUUCUUGUUGGUCUGUGUCCCAUCAGCCCUUUUGAACACAAGUCAACCACCUCAUCCCUGUCAUUUCCCUGGUGUCCCCCUCCAUCCCAAGGACAACAACCCCCUUUUCCAGAGCAGCUGAGGUUUUUAUUCUGCCUUUCCCAAAAGCCCAACUUCUGCAUUUCUGUUCUGCUGCGAGUAAUUGAGGUGAACUGCAAAAUAUUCCCUAAAAAACUGGUUCUGUCUCCCAGAAGAUGACGAGGUUUGUGUUUGCUGGAGGGCAGCAGCAGACUUCAAACCAGCAGCAGAAUAUCUUAGGGCAGCUCUGGCGUGGGAUCUGCAGCGUUGGGGGGCCAAGGGACACUGGCUGAGCUGGACAGUGCAGAUAAUGAGCUUUGAGAUCAUCUGAAGGCAAUUGUCAUCACAUUUUGAGGUCUCAGGGGUCUGUGGAGAGGUGGCAACAGUGAAAAAAAACCCUCUAAAUAUUACUUGUCAGUGAGUAAUCCUUAUUUUUUUCUCCUGGGGCUGUGCUGGAGGGAACAUGGAGAGGUGGGGGUGGCUGGAGAGGUGGGCACUGACCCACUUCCCCCCUCAGCAAUGGCAGAAACACGAGGGCUCUUUGCUGAGCCCACAAACACAACCUAAACCACAGACCAGGCAUCUCCACCCCCUUCUCCCAGUGAACACCCAGCAGACUCCCACCAUUGCAUCUCCCUUAGGAUGAGGUGACUGUCUGCAUUCCUCCAAGCUUUCUGGAAGGCUCCAUGAUUUCCUCGUGCAUGCUCCAUAGAAACCAUUGUAAAUACAGCCAUUCUUCACCCUGAAGCUCCAUUUGUAAAACCAAACCUAGAACUAAUACCUUGGUAAAAGCCAUA